UGUUGUGUCAACUGUACGGUUUGAUCUGUAGACAGGCUCAGGAGUGACUGCUAACGGGCUAACAGAAGCGCUACACUGUCUGAAAACUCAGACGCUCCGAGAUGUCUGACUCGGUGGAGCGUACCAUGGAGGCGGAGCCUCUAAAAGGUGGGCAGGAAGAAGUGGGUAAACCCAAUGGGCAUGGCUGUGCAGGGAAAGUGGGCAUUUCUAAGAUGUCGGGCUGCCGCACAGCGAUAUUUCUCGUCUCAGUCUUUCUUUGCCUGAGUGUCAUCUUUGCCUUCUCCUUCAUCCUGCCAUGUCCAGUCAGACCUCAGUACCUGCAUUCCUGGAAUGUCACACUGCCUGCUGCAGCAACAUAUGAUUUCCUGGCUGUUGCUGAUGCUAGUAAGGACAAAGUGCAGGAUGUUUUUUUUAUCUAUAAGAGUGCAGAGGGUCGAAUGAACCGCAACUGCACUGAUGAAGGUCUCUCCUCUCCCUGCCUGUUUGUUUUGGCUGUUGACGGCACUAAAGGAAGGACUAUAUGGGAACAGCCGUUAUCUGCUGAAUUUGCUUGGGCACAGUGUGACGUGGGUGAAGUCGGAGAUAAAAGAAAAAUUUGUCUGGUGGCUCAUGAUGAUGAUAAACUCACAGCCAUCAAUAUAUACACAGGUGAGAUCCUGUGGCAGAGAUCCAGACCUACAGCUGCUAACAGUAGCUUCCCGGUGAUCAGUCUGCCGGAUCUGGACAAAGACGAAAUCAGUGACAUUGCAGUGCUUAGCUACCCGGCACACAACACUACACUGGUAGAGCUCGUCUUCCUCUCUGGAAAAUCAGGCAACAUGACUGGCUCCAAGGUGGACGUGAACAUGGCUUUAGGUAGAAUGAUCGCGCACCAUCAUUAUGCUACAAGCAGUCAAGCUCAAUACCUCCUGCUUCACACAGAUUCAGGGUUGUUUGCACUGGGCAUGUGGAGGUUAGCGGAAAGCGCUCAAGUGCAGUCCAAAUUAAAGCAGGAAAAGAGCUGGGAAAAGAAAGCUGAUACUGCAGGACUCAUUCCACUAUACAGCUCCGACUCUCUGCAGCGUGUCAUGAAGGUGAAUGUUGGCUCUUCAAGCUCCUCUCCACCACUGCUGCUCCUCACUGACUCCACUCUGAUGCUCUUCAACACUCACACUUUCACCAUCACCUGGAGCACUAACACCACUAACACCAGCAACCUGCUCAGUACGCCAUCUUUCGGCCAUUUCAAUAAAGAUGGAGUUCUAGACAUCAUGCUGGAGGAAGACCUGAAAAAUGAAACCAAAAGAGUGCUGGUUAUAAAUGGGCAGACGGGCAGUGAGCUGUGGGAGGUGCAUCUGCCGUUCCAGUCUCAGAAUCCCCGACCUGCUUCUGUCCUCACCAACAACUAUUACUCUGUAUUUAUGAUGUGGGGAGACAGUUAUACACGCCCUAACGACACGAGCUUGGUGAAUGGGGAGCGUUCCUUGUACCUGCUGUACCCCUUGCAUUCUAAUGUGCUGCUGGAGAAAAGAAUCCCUUCCCAAAAUAUCACUGCAUUUAAAGCAACUCUGUUGGAGCGUGGUCGCCAUGCCUGUUACUUCAUCUUGACCGGAGAGAAUGGUGGGGCGGGGUUUCAAGGGGAGGAGCCAGUGAUCCUGACCAAGCGCAAGGUCAAGGGCAACGUAUCUCGGAGCGCCGUGCUGAAAGUGAGCGGGGCCGAUGGACUGAGCGAAGACGUCUCUCCGCAGUUGGCGGAGUCUGUGAGGGAGGCGUUUCACAGGCUGAGGUUCAGCAGUGACCAGUGAGAAUCUCCCAUCUCCAAAUCUGAUCUCCAAAUCCAAUCUACAGUUAAUUAGAUGACUCCCGUUCUGAUUGGCCGAGACCCACGGGAUCUUUUUGCAUAGUUCUUAGAGAGCAAUAAUGACCUGAACACUUCCGAUAUUCAGUCAGUCUGGGUGUUUACACGCAUUGUUUUGUGCUCUGUGGAGCUGUUUGAUGGAUUAGAAGUGGAAAAUUAAGAUGGAUGCAUUUGCGAGUUGCUUCAAAUGUUCUACCAAAGAUUCAACACGACCUUCUUUCACUUCAAUAGCAUGAUAACAGUGCUUUUAAAGAUUCAAACCUAGUUCUCUAAAGCUGCUGUCCUGUAAAGCCAUGCUAGGACUAUACACUGUGUACAUGCUUGUUUACUUCUGUACUCAAGGAUUUAUUUCCCUCAGAGACCUGGAUAUCUUCCCAGGUCCUCAUCCCAAUUCACUGAAGUAGCUUUCUCUCAGGACUGUCCUUCAAAAAAUCUACCUAACAUUACGCCAUAGGUGUUAGCACCUCCAGAUCUCAUCCCAAUCCACUAAGAACGAGUUUUACCUCCAAAUGUGGUUCUCGCUAUGCACAACGUCUUUACCAGAGCAGCCUUGCCAGCCUGAUGUUGUAACAUUAAUCCCUAGCUGUUGGGUUUUGCCCCACUGUAGAUUUUGCUCCUGAAUCAUUAGACUGCGUUUACACAAUCUGCGGCAAAACCACUUUUGCGCUGCUAUGUCGUUGUUUCCUGUGCUCUGUGAUGGAGAUGUUUACAUUGCUUCUGCACUAUCUUGUAAGUCGCACAUCGCUCAGAUUUAAAACUGAUUCUCACUGUUUCACAAAAACCCUAAACUGUUUUAUUCCACUUUCAGUUAGAAACCACAACAGUGACCACUGAGCUUCGAAACUGGGAGAGAGCAAACCCAUGUUUGCUAAUCCUGGAACCACUAGUUGUAGCUUUGUAGCUCUUUAAAACAAAUGAAUGCAGCGUUCGAUUGAAGCAACAACAGUUUAUGAAGCUUCGCCAACUUUUCAUCUUCUCAGGUCCAAAUAACAACGCUGCAGAACUCAAAUACAUUUCAUACAAACCUGCAUGUGAAUAAACCAUUUAUAUUGUCUGUCAGUAUUGUGGAUUGUCUGACAGUAUGCACUUAGCAUGGUAAACGAAGUGCAAAACUCGAUCAGCAAAGCCACCCAAUGCAGGGUUUGCUACCUUUUUUGAACAAUAACCUCAUUAAAGUGAUGACGUAAUGCUUAAUAAAUUGGAUGAGUAAUUAGAAUGUUGCAGAUUUAAACCCAAGCACUCCAAAGCUUCAAGUGUUGAGCCCAUCAGCAAGGCACUCACUGUUAGUGCUGCUAUUUUCUUCUAUACUCAAUACUUUCACAAAUGGCUGCAUGAUUAUCUUCAAAGACCAAGACCAAAAAUAAGGUUUCUAUCAUGCUACUCCACCAGCUAACCCACUAUGUGAGGCUGGAUUGGGUAUCAACUCCUACUGGCUGGUCCUGUUCCUCCGUACACGUUAGUCCGCCAUGUAGGAAUCCACACUGGCUGGUAACUGCUUGCGUGCAGUUCUUCUCAGCUAAUAUGGAUGUUGUGCAUGAGGAGAUUAUUAAUGUGCCUUCCUGUAGCAUAGCGAUGACUUCUGAGAAUGUAAGGUCUGGGUGGAGGACCAUUCUCAUAACUGUUAUCGUGUGAUAGUGUAUGUUGUAGCAGGUGCAGCAGUGUUGUUGGGAUUUUUCGAGAAUCAUGUCACAUAUGGGUCAGGUCUCUCCAAUGCCCUCUAACGUUUUAGAGAAUAGUUAUUAAUAAUGACCCAGUGGAAGCAGGCGUGCACCCGGCCCUGGUUGACACAGGUACACAGUUGCUUAUUCACACUUGCACUAUAUGGCCAAAAGUAUUAGGACACCCGACCAUAAUCUUGUCGGACAUCACAUUUCAAAAACUAAUGGUAUUAAAAUAGAUUGACCUCUACGUGAUCUUUUCUAUGUAAGCUAUAACAGUCACUCUUCUGAGAAAGCUUCUCACGAGACCUUUGAAGUAUGUCUGUGGGAAUUUGUGCUCAUUCUGUCGAAGGAGCAUUUGUAUGGUUCUGCACCAGGGUCAAGAAAUAUGCCUCAGUUUCUGUUUAAUAAAUGUUCCAAAUAAUUCCAAAGUGGGGCUGAGGUCAGGGCUCUGUGCAGGCCACUGGAGUUGGUUUAAACUGAGCUUUUCUUCAUGUCUUUAUUGCAAUAAUUUGCUGUAUAAUAAUAAUCUAUAUACACUGAGUGCCUCUUAUUGUACACUGAGUGCCUCUUAUACACUGAGUGUACUCUUAUUGUAUGUUCCUGUUUUCACUGUGUGUGUUUGUGUUUGUGUUUGUUGACUGACUGUGUGUUGACGGUUUUCUCUCAAAUGAACAUCCUGGAACUUUCUGGUUUUGAGUUGGAAAGAAAGUUAGUUGAUUGUGAGGAUGUUUGGGUAUUUUUUGCGUGUGUGUUUAUUAACCUUUGCAUCAUCUUCAGAUCUGUCUGAGACGUGUUCUGUUCACUAGUGUACAAUUGCUGGAUUUAUUAAUCAGUUAGUGUAAUUUCAUGCUGGAGUCUUUAGCUGGUACCAAAGUUUGAGUUAAAGCUCUGUGCAGUCUGGACUGAUCUGCUGUAGAAUGACUUAUAUUCAAGUAAAAAAAAAACCAGCAAGGCAUGGAAUUACACCAGGGGUGUCCAAACUUUUGCUUAAAGCUGUAUGUAUGUAUUUAAAAACCCCAAUGAAUCAUCUGGUCCUACAGUCAGUUUCAUUAUCAAAGAGUUAAAAAUGUGCUGCAGAUUAAUAAUAGAUAGCUGUUAUAUAUACACCCAUCAUCCAUAACAUUAAAACCACCUCCUUGUUUCUACACUCACUGUCCAUUUUAUCAGCUCCACUUACCAUAUAGAAGCACUUUGUAGUUCUACAAUUACUGACUGGAGUCCAUCUUUUUCUCUACAUCCUUUUUUAGCCUGCUUUCACCUCCUGACCACUUCAAAGGUCAGGACCCCCACAGGACCACCACAGAGCAGCUAUUAUUUAGGUGGUGGAUGAUUCUCAGCACUGCAGUGACACUGACAUGGUGGUGGUGUGUUAGUGUGUGUUGUGCUGGUAUGAGUGGAUCAGACACAGCAGCACUGCUGGAGUUUUUAAAUACCGUGUCCACUCCCUGUCCACUCUAUUAGACACUCCUACCUAGUUGGUCCACCUUGUAGAUGUAAAGUCAGAGACCAUCGCUCAUCUAUUGAAGCUGUUUGAGUUGGUCAUUUUCUAGACCUUCAUCAGUGGGCACAGGACGCUGCCGACGGGGCGCUGUUGGCUGUAUAUUUUUGGUUGGUGGAGUAUUUUCAGUCCAGCAGUGACAGUGAGGUGUUUAAAAACUUCAGCAGUGCUGCUGUGUCUGAUCCACUCAUACCAGCACAACACACACUAACACACCACCACCAUGUCAUUGUCACUGCAGUGCUGAGAACGAUCCACCACCCAAAUAAUACCUGCUCUGUGGUGGUACUGGGAGAGUCCUGACCAUUGAAGAACAGCAUGAAAGCAUGCAGAGAAACAGUCAGUAAUUGUAGAACUACAAAGUGCUUCUAUAUGGUAAGUGGAGCUGAUAAAAUGGACACUGAGUGCAGAAACAAGGAGGUGGUUUUAAUGUUAUGGCUGAUCGGUGUAAGUGUGCUUGCCCACCAUCGCUAAGAUCCUUCCUUGCACCCAUUGUUUCCUGGUGCUACUGAACCUGCUGUAACCCUGACCAGGAUAAAACGGUUUACAAAAAAUGAAAAAUGAAUAAACUGUAGUUAUAAUAAAAAGAAUCUGGUUGGAAUUAUUUCUGGCUAUAGUGAAUGAUUUACAGGUUAAAUGUAAAUCGUGUGUGUAUAAACGAAAACAUUUAGCAAAUAUCAAAGCUGCUCUGAUACAGCUAUCAGAAAUACAUUUAUUAUGAUUUAAUUUAUUUAAAAAGGAACAAUGUGGUCACCCUUAAACCAGAAAAUGAAGUUGUGCAUUCAGCUAGGUACUGCCUUCCAAAUCACAUAAUACUGUGCUAACAAGUAUUGCUAUAGUUGCACUACUAAGUACUAAUGGUGUACACUGUGUAGUCUAGUAAUGUGGUUUGAGACUCUGUAUCUGCCUCCAGUGUGCUCAUGCAAACUCUUAUUAUGUCAGCUGAGAAGUGCAUUAAACACCAAACAAACAUCUGGGUGGGUGAAGAUCUCAGACAAAUUUGGUUUCCUCUUUUUGGCACUUAACCUCUGGAGGCUUUGUUGUUGAGUCUGAAAUGUUAAUUUACACAGUGUUAACACAGUGUUCUGUUCUGCAGCAACGUCUCAAUUCAUCACUCAAGUCUAUGCUGGUCUGAAUGUAGGGUGAAUGUUAUAUAUUUGAUACACUGAUGGUUUGAUGGUGUGUAAUUGUGUUGGAUCUGGUUGCUGUUGGGACUUGAAUCUGAUUCAGGAUCAGUACUGUUACGCUGUGCCAUGCUGGAUUUAUUAGAUGUAGAUGAACCUGUAGAUCAGGUCUAGUUUCAAAUUCUCUCUCUUGAUCUGAACCACAAUCAAUAACUGCUGAGUGAAAAUGUUAAAUAAAGACACAACAGAUCUCAAAAAGA